UUAGCGUUUUUCGUCAUCCUACGCCGGAGCUUGGGGAGGCAUCUCCACAAAACUGAUACACUAUUCAUAAUCAGAUGCUCUACAUUAAUUUACCUAACUGGUGAAGACCGCUCAAUUUAUGAAGUGAAUGUGUGUAGCCACCAGCCUACACCCUUAAUCUCAAAGGGAUGGAGUCCCACAAUUUAUCCUGCGCCAUCUGCUUGGACUGGUUCAGAGUCCCUGUCACCCUCCCAUGCGGUCACACCUUCUGUCACGACUGCAUCAAGGCCCACUGGGAUGCCAAGAGCCGCUCCAACAUCGGACCCCAGUGCCCCGUCUGCCUCGAGGAGUUUGCCACCCGGCCCGUCCUCAAACGCAACGUGUCGCUCUCUCUCCUGGGCGAGGCAAGCGCCGCCUGCGCCCUCGGCAGGGACCCGUCGGCCGCGGUGACGAGGGGCGAAAGCGCCCGGGACACGCCCCCGGUGUUGUGCGAGCGCCACAGGAAGCCCCUGGUGUACUUCUGCAAGCAGGACAACAUGUGUGUGUGCUACGAGUGUGCCCUCCACGAGUGCAAGAACCACAGCCAGGUGCUGGUAGAGGUGGAGAGGGAGGAACGAGAGAGGCUUCUGAGAAGGAAGAGUGUGGACAUGGGGAAACGUAUGGAGGAGACCGAGAGGAGCAUUGCCGAGCUGACAGAGAACAUUGAAAAAGCCAAGGUGACCCUGGACCAGACGUCCCACUGGGUGGAAGCCAAGUUCAGCCUGCUGCUGAAGGUGCUGCAGGAAAAGCGGGACUCCACCGAGGGGUUCCUGGAGCGGGAGAAGGAGAGGACCCUGGGCCAGGCGGAGGCCAGGCUGGCCUCCCUGAGAGAGAGAGCCCAGGAGCUCAGGGAGAGACAGGGCCAGAUAGCAGCUCUGAGUGACCUCCCUGACCCACAGCUAAUACAGGACUCUCGGCUGGUGGAGGUUCCUCGCCAGCAGGACGUUCCUGUGGAUGUGACCUGCAACCUCCAGGAGAGGCUGAACGGCGUCACGGACGUUCUGUCGCGCAUAUCCAAGCUGGUGUCUGAAGAUCUGGAGAAGGCCGUGUGCGCGGCAGUGGGCCAGGACAAGCAGGGUUCCCCCCAGGAUAAGCGUCCGGUGCUGGCAGUGGUUCCAAGCCCUGCUGCCCCCUGUUAUCCAGGAGGGAAACAUGGCCUCAACGCAUACCGCUGCUCCCUGACCUUUGACCCCCGCACUGCCAACGCUCACCUGCUCCUGUCCCAGGAGAACCGCCGGGCGGAGCACCUGACGUCGGGGCCGCGUCCCGUCCCCGCCCACGAGGCGCGCUUCGACCACACCUGGCAGGUGCUGUGUUUCCAGGGCUUCACCCACGGCCAGCACUACUGGGAGCUGGAGGUGUCCAAGCCCUGGGCCUACCUGGGGGUGACCUACGAGGGAAUCCCCCGCAAGGAGAAAGGCAAGCGGUCUAUGGUGGGCAUGAACGAGUUGUCCUGGAGCCUGCAGCUGGACGAGCGCCAGCUGAACGCGUGGCAUGGCGGGCGGCGCGAGGCCGUGGCCGGCCACUCCCAGCAGCACCAGCGCGUGGGCAUGCUGCUGGACUACGAGGCGGGCACGCUCACCUACUACGGUGACGGCCAGACCAGGCUGCACGCCUUCCACUGCGCUUUCACCCAGGAGCUGUUCCCCGCCUGCUGGAUAGGGGAGGGAGUCAGCAUCACGCUCUGCUCCCCCUAGCCCACCAACAACACCCACACGCCACGGGACACAAGGGGGAAGGGAACUGAGGGCAAAAGCUUCACUCGACGACUGUACAGGAAGUGAUAUGGCGAACGGACUUUUCGGCUGAUCGAAGUAGAGGACGCCCUGAAGAUUCACCUACCUACUGUGUCCUUCACCUGCCUCUGUUCCUAACCUCAGACUCUCUGGGGAUAGUGGAUGAAUUAGGUCUGACUCUGUAUCAGAGGGUAGGGUUAACUUCUAGGUCUAUACUGAGUAGCUUCAGUGUAGUGUGUCUAAGAGGCCAAGCCUUGUCCUGGCCAGCAAAAACAGAGACACUUCCUGCCUUUCUCUAGGACCUGACCUUGUGACCACUUUCUCGACCAAUCGUCUUCUCAGAACUGUAACCAGGGAGGAAACGGGAUAGUUUUACCUGGAGGGUGUAGGUUGAUAGGUGGUGUCACCUUUUACUUAGCUGGAUCAGCCUUGCUUCAAGCCAUUCAAGCCAUUCUGUGUUUUUUCCGAUCAGUCGGGUGGAGGUUUUAGUGGGCGCAGAAACCCAUAUAGAAAAAUAAGCAAGUUAUAAGUAUGGGGUCCCACCCCAUGUACAGAUGUUAGAUUGUCAUCCUUCUUCAAUCUAGUCCCCAGAGACGUGUUACCUUUGUGGGGUAGCUGGGACACCGGCCGAUUGAACACUUAUUUGAACCAAUCACAGAAGUAGUCGUGUAUAGUCCGCCAAGCAAAAAAUAAUCAUGCGCAGGAGGUUGUAAUUGUAUUGCGGCUCCCAAACACAUGCUAAUGCAAAGUUCGUGAACCUGCUGGAUGCCCGAAAGUUUGUGCUUUAGCUCCGACACAGACGGCGACGGUGGCACCCUACAAGGCAGCGAUAGCGUCAUAUAGCUCGGUAGCUCAGGUACAUUUGGGAUUUCACUCGAUAACGACUGCGUGGAAGAUUAGUUCGAUACUAAUGUUCGUGCUGGCCUCUUUGAGACACAUUGACUUGACAAGUGAUUACCAAGAACAGCUGUGAACCGGGAAUGUUCUGGUAAACACAACUCUGCACAGCGGACGAUCCCCAGGGAUAAACUGAUUUGCACAGGUUCUCCGGAAGCACAGAUCGGCAGUACUGUAGCUGAGAGAAGGGAUAAGCACAUUUAAAGUCGGAUGACUUUUCACUGAGAGCCUUCUUGGCACUGGGACUGAAGAUCAUGAACAUCUGCACUGUGCUGGAAAUACAGAUGGGAUUUACUAAUACAUACUGUAACUCAUGUGAACGCAUAGAACAAGGUCCUUUGAAUAAAAGUUUCAUGCAUAGGC